AACGUAAAUUAGCUCUUUCAUUUGACAUCAGGAUGCUAACUAGUUAGCCCGAGUUAGCCUAGAAAAAACUACGUCGGUGUGCCAUGUGGGCACUGACAACAUUGAAGAAAUCAGACGUCUGUUCCAGUCCAAUGUGUUUCUGCGGUGAAAUCGAAGGUUGAGACUUCCAGCUGCUCUUCUGACCGCUGCCCUCCUCGAUGAGGUACCGAGGAGCUCAGAUCUGCGUCCGGGCUGGAGCCUCGUGCCGUCUGUCCCGUCUCCCCCUGCAUGGAUCUCAGCCCGGCACAGUCGCUCUGGUCCGAACCUACGCUGCUCAACAACAGCCCGCCGCCCCCACACCCACUGACCCCCCCCCUCCUGAUGGGAAGAGCACUGCUGAGGUGGUGAAGGAGCGCACCCUGGUUGCAUUACAGCAUGCAGGUGAGUUGGGGCGGCAGUGGGGUCAGAGGUCGGCCCAGAUGGCCACAGCCUCGGCCAACUACUGGUGGGGAAGGUACGAGGAGUUUGUCGGGCUCAACGAGGUCCGCGUGGCCCAGACCAAGGUCACAGAGGCCGAGGCAGCCUUCAUGGUGGCCAGAGGGAUGGUGCGCGAGGCUCACGGCAGCUUGGAGGCCCUGCAGGUCCGGCUGAAGGAGGUCAGGGACCGGCUGGACCGGGUCUCCCGGGAGGAGGCUCACUACUUGGAGCUCGCCACGCAGGAGCACAAACUGCUGCAGGAGGAGCGGCGGCUCCGCACGGCGUACGAGAACGCAGAGGGCUCCGAGAGGGAGAAGUUCGGCCUGUUUUCCGCCGGCGUCAGGGAGAGCCACGAGAAGGAGAGGACGAGGGCGGAGCGCACCAAGAACUGGUCCGUCAUUGGCUCGGUGCUGGGCGCCCUCAUCGGGGUCAUGGGGUCCACGUACAUCAACCGCGUCCGGCUGCAGGAGCUGAAGAGUCUCCUGCUGGAGGCCCAGAAGGGUCCGGAGAGCCUGCAAGAAGCCCUGAGAGUCCAGGCCGGAAACCAUCGCUCCCAGCAGGCCGAGCUGCGGGCCAUCAUCGACCGCCUCGGGGGCGCUCUGAGCGACGCCUUCACUCAGAGAGACGCCGAGGCUGGGGAGAAGAGUGGCCCCGCCCCGACGCCGUCGGCCGCCCCGACCCUUUUGGCCCUGAGAGACCUCCAGGUUGGCAGCCGGAAGGCGGAGUCCAUCCUGGAGGCUCUUCGGCCGCAGGUGGGGCAGCUGGAGCAGGGCCUCGGGCGGGUCGAGGGCGAGUUGACGUCGUUGAGGAGGCUGCUGGAGACCAGAGCGCACGCCGCUCAGCACGCCGCUCGGCCACAGGUAGCAGCCCCCGUGAGACCAGAGCCACCGGAGAGGGAGGACCGAUGGGAGUCGGAGGCGGCGGUGAUGCGUCUGGAAGACACCCAGAGGACACUGGGAGAACGAAUCAGGACAAACAAUCUUUACAACGCCGUGUUCACCUACACCGCCACCGCCAUCACCAUCUCUGCCGUCUACCUGCUGACCAAAGGAACCGGUUAGACUCGACGCUCGCGCACCUGCUCAUGGGACAGAUGAUCGAAAUGAAUUAUGUCAGAAUUGACUGAAAGUAACGCAGUUUCAAUAAUAAACUGCUUACUGGAGAUCAUGUACGACUGCUGCUGCUAAUUCUGUGAUCUGCAGAUAAAAGUUAAUUAUUUGCCAUCACAUCAAUUAGUGUGUGUCAUUUUAAUCAGGACUUUGACAAAUAAUAACACCAUAUUUUCCUGUAGCUUAUAUAAGUAUCAUCACAGUCUCCCAGAAGUCAAGAUCACCUCUUUAAAGUUCUUCAAACAUUGCUGAUUAACCGACAGAUGGAGCUGUGUGCUAGUUUGGAAAGAGACUAUUUUAUUUGGGAGUUUAUGACUUUUGGAUUAUGAGGCAGGACCAACCAUCAAACGAGGUCAUUGGGAAUGUUUCAAAAACUCAAAAGAAUAAAUGAUUCCUGUUAUAUAACAUGAGAAAAUCAUAACAGUUGACAAACUGGAACCAGUUGUGUUUGUGCCUUUUUCUCUUGAUAAAUUACACAAAUUAAAUUAAGUGUGGCUUUUCACAAAUUUUCAAGACCAAUUUGAGAAAGUCUCUUCGGAGUAAAUAUAAAGGUAGAGUUCCGUAACCACACGUGAGAAUGUGAACGAGGUUCUUCGGACACGGUUGCUAACCUACUUGAACAUACUUGAAUGUGUUGUGUUUGUCAUGUUGUUAAUCAUUACAUUAAAUAAUUUUGUUUUGUUUGCUUCUAAAAUAGAAAAAUAUGAAGUGAAAUGUUUUAAAACGUUAAUUCUCUGUAGUGACCAGCAGGGGGCGACUCCUCUUGUCCCAUAGAAGUCUAUGAGAAAAUGACUCUACUCUUGAUUUAUUUAAAUUGGCUAGAAUUAAAACAUUUCUCUAAUUUCUACAUAAAACAACGA